AACCUCAGGUUUAAGUCAACCGAACAGCUUCUUCGACCGCCAAAUCCCCACUUCCAAAGCCCUAGCUUUUCCCUGGCGCCCCAAUCCCCGCCCUUUCUUUCCCCCCAUUUGGAAACCCUAGCGCUCUUCACUAGGGUUUCGUUCCGUCUCCUCUAUGAGGCGCGUCUUCGACGAGAUCUCCGACGAUGAGUGGGAGAAUCAUGACUUCAAACCCUCGAGGAUUCUCAAGAAGACCAAACCCUCGCCCCCUGCAAUUGAAUCCUUUGCUUACCAUCGUAAGCCUUCCAAUCCCUCCUCCUCAAAUGGUUUCGAGUUGGACGACGAUUUGAACGAUGAUUUGGAAGCCUCUGCCACCCGUCGGCGGGCGGGACGCCGGUUCGUCGUUGACGAGGACAGUGACGCCGAGGUUCAGUCCGUGGAGGAGGAUGAAGAGGAAUUCAGUUGGACUGAUGAUGAGGACGAUGAUGGAAAGGAACAAGAAGAUGAGGAUGUUGAAGAGCUGGACUUGGUUGGGAAAGCCCUGCAAAAGUGCGCCAAGAUAUCUGCGGAUUUGAAGAAAGAGCUCUAUGGUUCUUCCGUUCCCGCUUGCGAACGUUACUCCGAAGUGGAUGCUCCUUCUGUUGGGAUUGUUACUCAGGAUGAUAUUGAUGCUGCUUGCGCCUGCGAAGAAUCAGAAUUUGAGCCAACUCUCAAGCCAUACCAGCUUGUUGGUGUUAAUUUUCUUUUGCUUUUGUACAGGAAGCAUAUUGGUGGAGCUAUUCUGGCAGAUGAGAUGGGACUUGGUAAAACUGUGCAGGCUGUCACUUAUUUAACCCUCCUCGAACGCAUGCACAAUGACCCAGGUCCCCACUUGAUUGUUUGUCCAGCUUCUCUUUUAGAGAACUGGGAAAGAGAAUUGAAAAGGUGGUGUCCAUUGUUUUCUGUUAUCUUAUUCCAUGGGGCUGGAAGAGCAACUUAUUCAAAGGAACUGAGUUAUCUUGCUAAGACUGGCCAGCCACCAUCCUUUAAUGUCCUACUUGUUUGUUACUCACUGUUUGAAAGACGCAGUGAACAGCAAAAAGAUGAUAGGAAGGUUUUGAGGCGAUGGCGAUGGAGCUGUGUGUUAAUGGAUGAAGCUCAUGUUUUAAAGGACAAAAACAGUUUUCGUUGGAAAAAUUUGAUGUCUGUUGCACAACAUGCUCGCCAACGCCUUAUGUUAACCGGAACGCCGCUUCAAAAUGAUUUGCAUGAGCUAUGGUCAUUAUUGGAAUUCAUGAUGCCUGAUAUUUUUGCCACGGGUGAUGUUGACCUGAAAAAGCUAUUAAAUGCUGAAGAUAGUGAUUUGAUUGCACGUAUAAAAUCCAUUUUAGGGCCAUUCAUUCUCAGACGCUUGAAGUCGGAUGUAAUGCAACAACUAGUCCCAAAAAUACAGCAUGUUCGAUAUGUUUCAAUGGGAAAUGAGCAAUCUAAGGCAUAUAAAAAUGCCAUAAAUGAAUACCGUGCUGCCUCUCAAGCUCGUAUCAUGAAGUCUUCUAUUGGUACAUCCAAGAAUGCUGUUGGAAGCCUUCCUAGACGACAAAUAUCCAACUACUUCAUGCAAUUUCGGAAGAUUGCUAAUCAUCCCUUGUUGGUGAGGCAUAUAUACAGUGAUGAGGAUGUGGUCCGGUUUGCUAAAAUGUUGUACCCUAAGGGUGUUUUUGGCUUUGAGUGCAACUUGGAAAGGGUAAUCCAACAGAUCAAGAACUACAAUGAUUUUGAAAUUCACCGGCUUUUAAUUUCAUAUGGUGACUCGGGCGCAAGGGAUGCUCUUACAGAUGAGCAUGUUUUUUCCUCUGCAAAGUGCCAGGCUUUAUCUGAACUCCUACCUCUUCUUAUCAAAGAUGGGCACAGAACUCUAAUUUUCAGCCAGUGGACAUCAAUGCUUGAUAUUUUGGAAUGGACACUGGAGGUCAUAGGAGUUAAAUACAAACGUCUGGAUGGCGGUACCCAAGUGUUAGAGAGACAAACAAUAGUAGACACAUUCAACAAUGAUCCUACUAUUUUUGCAUGCUUGCUUUCCACAAGGGCUGGAGGUCAAGGACUGAACUUGAUUGGAGCUGACACAGUCAUCAUACAUGACAUGGAUUUUAAUCCGCAAAUGGAUAGACAAGCCGAAGAUCGUUGUCACAGGAUAGGCCAAAGGAAACCAGUUACAGUUUACAGGUUUGUUACCAAAGAUACUGUUGACGAGAACAUUUAUGAGAUUGCGAGGCGGAAACUGGUACUUGACGCUGCAGUGCUGGAAUCUGGCACAGUGCUGGAUGAUGAUGAUGAUGUGCCUGAGAAAACUAUGGGAGAGAUCUUAUCAGCUCUUCUUCUUGUGUGAGAGCGGGCAUGCAUUAGAUACCUACAAAAUGAUAACCUGAUAACUUACAAGCUGUUAUUCAUGCUAAAUUGCUAACCGGUUCAAGAGAACUUGCCUUCCAAAGAUAACUGUGGCCUGUGAUUCCCUCGUCCACAACGGUAUUGCUGAUUUAAUCCACACCAUUCUCCAUUCAGGUGUUUUAUUAUGCCCCCUACAGAAGAAUAGAAGCUUGUUGCAUUCACACUGAUUCUUCAGGUCAAUACAGAUGUCAAAAUUUCAAAAAAACAAAAAUUAUAGCAAGUGUUGCAGAGCUAAUCUGUGAUUUUUAAACUUUGAUUAUAUGGACUUCUUUUCAAAAGAAUUAUCUAACUGGAUGACAUUUUCGAGUUUAAAAGAAAAUGGAGUACAAUAAUUCUCUGAGCCAAAGAGAAUAAGAAAGUUUAUCAGUAGUAAGUUGGGUUCCUGUUUUCCUGGUUUUAUUUUAUGCUGGAGGGCCAUGUCAGAAAGAUCCUAAACUAGUUUGUACCCCCUUGUUAAGGACAAUUGAGAUGACAGAUAUCAACAUUUUGUAAAUUUGUUUUCUAAGUUGAGUGGGACAUGCAGAUGCAGUGGAA